AUGUCGCUAGCCGCAUUGCUUAACGAGGAUGACGCUAAUCCAUCACAGAGGCAGAGCUUCGUGAAGGAUCUGAACCAGGAGUUCAGAGCUUUAGGAGCGCGGGACAUCAAGGAACAACGCUAUCAAGACUGGAAAAUGCUCAGCUACCAGGAGUUCGAGCUUGUGACGGAAUGGAACAACCAGUCGCGCGAGCUGGGCUCUAACGGAUGCGAAAAACUCAUUUCCAAUAUGGAUUCCACAAGGCGGGAAUGGGAGCAGUUCCAAGAAUACGCGGCACGCAAAGAAGAGGUGAUCCGGCAGCAGCGUGAGCUGCGACUUAAGCAGCAACAGGAACAGGAGCAGGAACGCCUUCAGCAGGAAAAAGAGCGCCAGGAAACUCUAGAACAAGAGCGGCACCAGAAAAAGGCGCAAGCGGCGCAAGCGGCGCAGGCGGCGCAGAGCCAAAAUCAGCACGGCGACAGAAGCCGGGUUGCAAUCAAGAGCGAACCAAAAGACAACAAAACACUGAAUGGAAACUCGAACCCCCAAAGCCGUUCUACAGACUUUGAUGGGCAUGGGGACGGCGCCGAAGACGAAAACGAAGACGAUGAAGAGAUUGAUGAGGAUGAAGACGAAGAGGCCGAGAUUGAAGAAGAGCCAGAACAUGACGAGGAAGUUCUGUUCCCUGAUGACGACGACAACGACAAGGACUUUUACUUGGAGGACGAAAAGGGGGAGUUCCCAUCAAAAUCGAAAAAGGUCGAUCUUUCAUCAGAGCGCGCCAAGAUCAGACGUGAGAUCGCCCGCAUGGUCAACAAAAACAAGAACGUUAAGGCAAAGAAGCGGCGCUUCACGAAUUCCACCAUUAUAGAGUAUGUGUCAGACGAGAAGCUGGAGGUCAAGCUAACGCUGAAACAGUAUCACGUAAGGCAGCUCAAGAGGCUGCUAGCCGAAAACAAGCGGGCGCAGGAGGAAGACGCCAACGAAUCGACUGCUAAGAAGCGCAAAGUCGGGGGCAAGGGCGACGAGGCCCAAAUCCCCUCUUCCAUUGAGGGUCUACCAACUUACGGCCUGAAAAUGACCAUAAAAGAAGCUCGUGGUAUCCAGAGGCAUUAUGACACAACUUACUUUACCAUUUGGAAAGAUAUGGCGAGGAAAGACUCAGCGAAAGUCGCACGUUUGGUACAACAAACCCAGUCCAGUAGAAACGUGAACUUCAAAAAAACCUCCUCGCUUGUCGCCAGAGAGGCUAGAAAAUGGCAGUUGAGGAAUUUCCGCCAGCUGAAAGAUUUCCAAACAAAGGCCCGUAGGGGUGUACGGGAGAUGUCAAGCUUUUGGAAGAAGAAUGAGCGUGAAGAGAGAGACCUCAAAAAGAAGGCCGAGAAAGAAGCUCUUGACCAGGCUAAAAAAGAAGAAGAAGAACGUGAAAAUAAACGGCAAGCCAGGAAAUUGAACUUUUUAAUAACUCAGACCGAACUGUAUUCACACUUUAUUGGGCGCAAGAUAAAAACUGAUGAAAUCGAAGGUUCAAUGGCUGAUUCCAACCUCAAGCAAGCAAAUGGCGGCGGCCACAAUAUUGACCUUUCGAAGACACAGGCUGCCAAAACAGACUUCCACAGUAUAGACUUCGACAAUGAAGAUGACGAAAACUUAAGACUCAAAGCGGCUCAAAAUGCUUCUAGUGCCCUGUUAGCCACACAAGCAAAAGCAAGAGAAUUCGACUCCAACCCUGACGAGGAGGACGAGCUCAAUUUCCAAAAUCCGACCUCCCUUGGUGAGAUCACUAUUGAUCAGCCAAGGCUUCUUACAUGCACACUAAAAGAAUAUCAGCUCAAAGGUCUUAAUUGGCUGGCUAAUUUAUACGACCAAGGUAUUAACGGUAUUUUGGCCGAUGAAAUGGGUUUAGGGAAAACUGUGCAAUCCAUAUCGGUCUUAGCACAUCUCGCAGAAAACCAUAAUAUAUGGGGCCCAUUUAUUGUGGUUACUCCCGCGUCCACAUUACACAACUGGGUUAAUGAGAUUUCGAAAUUUCUUCCAGACUUCAAAAUUCUGCCCUAUUGGGGAAACGGUAACGACCGUAAAAUUUUGAGAAGAUUUUGGGAUAGGAAGCAAUUCCGUUACGGAAAAGAUGCACCCUUCCAUGUUAUGGUUACCUCAUAUCAGAUGGUUGUAUCGGACGCAGCCUAUUUGCAAAAAAUGAAAUGGCAGUACAUGAUUCUUGAUGAAGCGCAGGCUAUUAAGUCAUCUCAGUCAUCACGCUGGAAAAACCUGUUAAGCUUCCAUUGUCGUAACAGAUUGCUCUUGACCGGAACUCCGAUUCAAAAUAGUAUGCAAGAGCUUUGGGCUUUACUUCAUUUUAUUAUGCCUUCUUUGUUCGAUUCUCAUGAUGAAUUUAGCGAUUGGUUCUCUAAAGAUAUUGAAUCGCAUGCCCAGUCAAAUACAAAGUUGAACCAGCAACAGUUGCGCCGACUGCAUAUGAUAUUGAAACCAUUCAUGCUGAGGCGUAUAAAGAAGAACGUCCAGUCUGAACUGGGCGAAAAGAUUGAAAUCGAUGUUAUGUGCGAUCUCACCAGAAGACAAAAUAAGUUAUAUCAAGUCUUGAGGUCCCAGAUGUCCGCAGCAUAUGACGCCAUAGAAAAUGCCGCUGGUAAUGAUGAAGCUUCCUCGGACCAGAAUAUUGUCAACACUGUCAUGCAGUUCAGGAAGGUCUGUAACCAUCCUGAUCUAUUUGAGAGAGAAGAUGUUCGUUCUCCACUAGCAUUCACCAAUUUCGGUAAGAGUGGCUCACUUCUGAGGGAGGGAGAUUUGAUUGAUGUCGACUACUCUGCACGGAACUCCAUCACUUAUCAGAUUCCUCGGUUGGUUUUUGAUGAACUGAUUGCCCCCAACUUUCAAAACGACUCAGAUGUUAGGAAUAAGAUCUUGAAUCACACUUUUAACAUUUUCCAUCCUUCUAACUCCAGAAGCCUAUGCAUGACUUUAUCUUGCCUAACAGGCUAUUCACAAGGGGAAAUUAAGGACUUAUCGCACCAGCCGAUAGUCCAGAGGGCUCUGAAACUAAAUGAAGAUAAACUGUCUGAGGGCAGCAAAUUACUCUCAGUUUACGAUGACAAGACACAGCUGAGGGAGCUAAAUAAGAACUCCUUUAUUGUUGAAGAUGAGAGGAGAAAUCUUGUUACUCUGAGCAAAUCAUCCACAAAGGGGGUCCUCGAUUCUUUACUCAAUAUAAAGCAGGGAGUCUACGAAGAUGAAUACAUGAACUCGUGGCAACCAGCCUACCAUCCUGCUGUCAGUGCUCCACCUAUCAACCUAGAGGUAUCAAACUCCAAUUAUUUCUCUCAUGAGAAGCACCUUGAGCUAUUUGAUCCAUUUUUGUGCCAAGCUUUGAAUAGGAUACCCGCUCAAACCCAAUACGAAUUACGCACAAAGUUCCAACUGCCCGUUUCUCAGUUUCCAAUUUCAGAAUGCUAUCCAGAAGCGCUCAACAAGAAUUUUUCAUCUGCUAUAUCCAUGCCCUCAAUGGACAGGUUUAUCACAGAGUCCACUAAGCUCAAAAAGCUGGAUGAACUUCUGGUCGACCUCAAGAAGGGCGAUCAUCGUGUUUUGAUAUAUUUCCAGAUGACCAAAAUGAUGGACUUAAUGGAGGAGUAUUUGACCUACAGACAGUAUAAACACAUCAGAUUGGAUGGCUCUUCUAAACUUGAAGACAGAAGGGACCUUGUUCAUGACUGGCAAACAAAGCCUGAUAUAUUCAUCUUUCUCCUGAGUACCAGAGCAGGCGGCUUGGGUAUAAACUUAACAGCUGCGGACACUGUUAUAUUUUAUGAUUCAGAUUGGAACCCGACAAUUGAUUCGCAGGCCAUGGAUAGAGCUCACAGGCUUGGUCAAACAAGGCAAGUUACUGUUUACAGAUUAUUAAUACGCGGGACCAUCGAAGAGCGGAUGCGUGAUAGAGCUAAGCAGAAGGAGCAUGUCCAACAGGUCGUAAUGGAAGGCAAAACACAGGAUAAGGAUAUUCAAACAGUCGAUGCAAGCGGCUAG